AAUGUUCUCCUUGUGUCCUCUGCUAGCAUUACCACCAGCAUUGACAACAACACACACUCCAAAUGGGACAGAGAAGCCCAUUGAAUUUAAUGUGACCUUCACAAUCACCAACCUUGAGUUUACACAAAGUCUACAAGAUUCCAGUUCCUUGCUUUUCAGUUCUGCAUCAAAUAUUAUUUCUCACCAGCUCACUGCCCUGUUCACCAAGAGUAAAAUUAAUGAAACAUUUUUACAUUGCAAUGUUGUUUCCUUCAGUGUGGCAAAUGUUGCCAACACCAGCGUGUAUUCACUCUGCACGUUUAGAAAUGAUUCUACGCAGGAUGUUGACAGGGUCACUGUGUACCAUGAAUUCAGAGACAACACCAACAACAUCUCCACCUUAGGGGUCUACUCACUGGACAAUAACAGCCUCUACGUAAAUGGUUAUCAUGAAACAACACCUUUACCAACAUUACCACCAGCACUAACAACAACACACACUCCAAAUGUGACAGAGAAGCCCAUUGAAUUUAAUGUGACCUUCACAAUCACCAACCUUGAGUUUACACAAAGUCUACAAGAUUCUAGUUCUUUGUUAUACAGUUCUGCAUCAAAUAUAAUUUCCCACCAGCUCACUGCCCUGUUCAACAGGAGUAAAAUUAAUGCAACACUUUCACGUUGCGAAGUUGCUUCAUUUAGCCUUGCAAGUCUUGGAAACACCAGCGUGUAUGCAAUCUGCACGUUCAGAAAUGAUUCUACUGCUCAGGAAAUUGAUAAAGUUACUGUGUACCAUGCGUUCAGAGACAACACAGAGAACAUCUCCACCUUAGGAAUAUAUUCACUGGAUAAUAACAGCCUCUACGUAAAUGGCUACCAUGAGUCAAUUCCUUUGCCAACACCAGUUGUGACCACAACUCCAAACCCGCAAGUCGAGUUCUUCGAUUUUAAUGUGACCUUCAUUAUUACUAACUUGGUACCAACAACAAAUCUAAUAGCAUCCAAUUCUGCACUACACAAAUCUGCCUCAAAUAUUAUUAAUUUCCAGUUAAACAAUGUGUUUACAAACAGCAACAUCAAUAGAACAUUCUCAAGCUGCAGAGUUCAAUCAUUCAGUCCAGCAAGUGCUGUGAGUACCAGUGUGUACACAAUUUGUACAUUCAAAAAUGAUUCCAAUCCUCAGGAAGUUAAUAGAGUUACUGCGUACCACGAGAUCAGGGACAACACAAAUGGAAUUUCCACCCUUGGAGUAUAUUCACUGGAUCGCAACAGUCUCUACGUGAAUGGUUACCAUGAAGAGGCUCCUUCAGCCCCACCAUUUGUGACCACAACUCCAAACCUGCAACCACAGUCUUUUGAUUUUAAUGUGACCUUCAUUAUUACUAACCUGGCUGCAACAGAAACUCUAAUAUCCUCCAAUUCUGCACUGCACAAAUCUGCCUCAAAUAUUAUUGCUUACCAGCUGAACAACCUGUUUAGAAACAGCAAUCUCAACAAAACAUUCUCAAGUUGCGAAGUUCAAUCGUUCAGUCCAGCGAAUGCUGCCAGCACCAGCGUGUACACAAUCUGCACAUUCACAAAUGAUUCAAAUCCUCAGGAGGUUAAUAAAGUUACUGCGUACCAUGAGAUCAGGGACAAUACAAAAGCCAUUUCCACUUUGGGAGCAUAUUCACUGGAUAGCAACAGCCUCUAUGUGAAUGGUUACCAUGAAGAGGUUCCUUCAGCCCCACCAUUUGUGGCCACAACUCCAAACCUGCAAACAGCUCCUUUUGAAUUUAAUGUGACCUUCAUUAUUACUAACUUGGUCCCAACCGCAAAUCUAAUAUCUUCCAAUUCUGCAUUGCACAAAUCUGCAUCAAAUAUUAUUGCUUACCAGUUGGACAACCUGUUUACAAACAGUAACAUCAACAAAACAUUCUCAAGUUGCAGAGUUCAAUCGUUCCGUCCAGCAAAUGCUGCCAGUACCAGUGCGUAUACAAUUUGCACAUUCAGUAAUGAUUCCAAUCCUCAGGAGGUUAAUAGAGUUAUUGUGUACCAUGAGAUCAGGGACAACACAAAGGACAUUUCCACCUUGGGAGCGUAUUCACUGGAUAGCAACAGCCUCUAUGUGAAUGGUUACCAUGAAUCAGCUCCUUCAGCCCCACCAUUUGUGACCACAACACCAAAUGUGCAAUCACAAUCUUUUGAUUUUAAUGUGACUUUCACUAUUACUAACCUGGUUCCAACAACAAACCUAAUAUCAUCCAAUUCUGCACUGCAUAAAUCAGCCUCGAAUAUUAUUGCUUACCAGUUGAACAAACUGUUUACAAACAGCAACAUCAAUAAAACAUUCUCAAGUUGCAAAGUUCAAUCGUUCAGUCCAGCAAAUGCUGCUAGCACCAGCGUGUACACAAUCUGCACAUUCACAAAUGAUUCAAAUCCUCAAGAGGUUAAUAAAGUUACUGCGUACCAUGAGAUCAGGGGCAACACAAAGGCCAUUUCCACCUUGGGAGCGUAUUCACUGGAUAGCAACAGCCUCUAUGUGAAUGGUUACCAUGAAGUGGCUCCUUCAGCCCCACCAUCUGUGGCCACAUCUCCAAAUCUGCAAACAAACCCUUUCGAUUUUAAUGUAACCUUCAUUAUUACUAACCUGGUUCCAACAGCAAAUCUAAUAUCGGCCAAUUCUGCUUUGUAUAAGUCUGCCUCAAGUAUUAUUGCUUACCAGUUGAACAACCUGUUUAUAAACAGCAACAUCAACAAAACAUUUUCAAGCUGCAGAGUUCAAUCGUUCAGUCGAACAAAUGUUGGUAGCACCAGUGUGCAUGCAAACUGCACAUUCAAAAAUGAUUCUAAUCCUCAGGAAGUGAAUAGAAUUACAGUGUACCAUAAGAUCAGGGACAAUACAAAGGAAAUUUCCACCUUGGGAGCAUAUUCACUCGAUACCAACAGCCUCUACGUGAAUGGUUACCAUGAAUCAGCUCGUUUAAUCACGGAAGCACCUGUUGUGGCAGUGACGCUACGACCAAAUAAAGAGACAAAACGCAAUGACUUUAAUGUCACUUUCACAAUAAAAAACCAGGAAUUUGGAUCAGAAUUACAAAAUAUCAAUUCUGCUGAAUAUACAACUACAUCAAGAAAUGUUAUUAGUUUGCUUGACAAUUUGUACAAAAGCAGUAAGAUAAAUGAAACAUUCACAAAUUGCGAACUUGUAUCUUUCAGUUCUGCAAAUCAAGGCAAUACUAAAGUUGAAGCAGACUGUUCUUUUCAAAAUAAUCCCGCAGUUCCAGGAGUUGAUAAAGUCACUGUUUAUAAUGAGUUCAGAGACAACACUGAAAAAAUCACGGCAUUAGGAAUAUAUGCACUGAAUCAAGACAGCCUAUAUGUAGAUGGUUAUCAUGAACUGGAACCAACUACAGCGCCAACAAUAUUGCCACCUGAAGUCCGAGAAGGCGAUUUGCCAUUUGAGGUUAACUUCACCAUAAUAAACAGAAAUUUCAUUGAAGCACUUAACAACCCAAAUUCCCCUGAAUACCAAAGCAUUGUUGCCAAUGUUACCAAAAUGCUUGAACAGUUAUAUAAAAACAGUGCUUUAAAGGACAGCUACCGUAUCUGUAAAGUUACAGGACUGAGAAUUGGAUCAGUGAAAUGUAUCUGCACAUGUUACUUCGAUCCUGCUGCUGUGAGUGAACCAGUGACAGCAGAACAAGUCAAAGCAGAGUUUGCCACUGGAACAAAUGCAACAAACUUACUUGGAAAUGUAUACCAGCUGAGAAAUACCAGCUUGGCAGUCGAAGCUAAAGCACCAAUCUUCAAUGGCAGGACAGAAAUACCAUAUUGGGCAAUCAUAUUGAUCGUGUUGGGGAUACUGCUCAUCCUUUUCCUGCUCUUCCUCCUUUGUUUAUUUAUUACAUUAUGUUUGAAAAAGAAGUUUCAUGGAUCCUACAACAUGAUGCAAAAUCCUAUUGGAGUCUAUUUUCCACAUCAGAAAUUCUACUGAUCAAUAACAAACAUGCACAUAACUUACAUAUUUAACAAUCAUUCAAUACCAAAAAGAACAUGAUUACAGUUAUGUAGUUACUAUUUAAUGGUGGAUUAUAAAUUGAGAAUGCAUGCUUAUUACUGAAAGCUAAGUUCUGCCUAAAAGCACGAAAAAGAUACAUAAUAAAUUAGAAAUAGUGAUCAUUAUAAAUAUUGGGCAGAAAUAAUUAUUUUAAUCAGUUAAAUAUUUUAAGAAGAAAUGAACAAAGUUAUGAUUAAUAAACACAAGAAACAUCUUCACCCAAAUUAUUGUACGAUUCAAAGAUUUGUCUCUAAUUGGUCAAUCCUUUUGAACUGCUAAUUAACUCAAUAUAAGCUGCCUUAUCAUUUGGAAGUAAUUGACUAAGGUGUUAAAUAUAGCACUGUCAUUGCUCAGUUCACUUUUCUUAGUAGUCAUAUUCCAAUGAAAGAAUAAAAACUUCCAGAUGUUCUAUUUCAAGAGGGAUACAUUCAAGAUUCUAUUUGCAGUGUGACACAUUCAAACUCCAUUCAUUCAUUGAGGAAUAGAUAAAUAAGACAAUAUCAAAACUGACAAACAGCUGAGUCCAUUUGAAGUAGAUAUGUGGGAGGCUGGAAAAAGACAGCAAGCCAGGCAACGCCAGGAGGCGGAGAAGCCAAUGUUUUGGAUAUAACCCUUAGUCCUUUCCUUGUAAAUCACUUUCAGUAAUUUAUUAUCACAAUUGGUUGUCUUCUGCAUUAUCUCAAAUGUUAUAUUUAUCUGUAUAAUGUUCAAUUCAACAUCCACUAUUGCUGUUGUGAUCAAAUAGUAAUGUUAUAUAUUUGUAAUAAAUUAUUUUAAAUAAUUUACAUAACACGAUAAAAGUAUUUAUUAAAAUGUUAUUUUUC